AUGGGUAUUAUAUUGGGCAUCCAGUUUGAAGCAACAGAGGACGGACAGGUAGUAGCUUCAGAUACCAGUGAUGGUAGUCUCUGGGCCAAUAUUGGAAUUCGUUUGUCCGCAGUCUCCCAGCUAUUGAGUGGAGGUGGCCUGGCUGGCUCAACAACUGACAAUCCUCCAUAUCUGUUCUGUGUUCCGGAUCCAAAUAAUGAUAACAAUCCCUACACGGUUGCAACAGUCUUUGCCGGAAAAUUUACCCAGGGCGGCCAUCUCCACUUCUGGAUAUCUGCUCUAAAGGGCUGGAUCUUCGAUUCAAACGGUGCAACAACGCUGUGCGGAAAGAUUUCUCUUUACGCAGCGACUACCAAGCGAUCAACCGCGAGUGAAAUAGACACAGUGAAAACCAAUACAUUUGAUAGAUUUACCUGGUUAUGUCCAAGAGCAUUUACUCCUCUGGUUGGAAACGAUGGAACAACUAAGGCUACCAGCGCACCUCAUUCGGCUCCUCUUCUUUCGACAGCAGUCGCCUAUGAUUCAUAUCCUAGUGCUGGGACUCGUAUAGGAUUGGAUACAUUAGCACUGAUCAGUAGUACACUCUAUCACGAACUCUUUCAUUUGACUGACGCCGCGCAAACUACCGCUGACCCGUAUACUAAAAUGGAUGAUAUCUAUGAGGCCGGGGGUGAAUUUCAUGCUUCGAAUGUUGCUAAUAAUCCCGAGUCUUAUGUCUUAUUUGCACUUGCGUCGUACAUCUACAGCAAUCCACCUACUGGCAGCCCCGAUAAAGUAGCGGUUGUGUUCCCUGGGGGAUUCUCAAAGACUAUAGAUUGA